UAAUCACAGUUCUAAACGUGAUCCACCGAAUUUUCGUCCCUGUGUAAGACAACAGACCACUAUGUCAUCAUCGACAACGACAAGUGGUGGUACAGCGACAUCCAAUAGCACCGGCUCAACUUCAUCAUCGGCAGCCCCGGCCGUCGGUCUUGUUGCCAAUUCAUCUUCGUCUUCGUCGUCGUCGACACCUUCAACAGGCACUGCCAAUAAUAUGUCUGCUACCAAUAAUACGACCACAAAUACAACAGCGGCUGCUGCCGCCCGCGGCCGUAAUGGUAAUACAGGAUCCGCACCAGCUGCCGCUUCUGGAACUGGUGCAAAUGCAGCUGGCGGUGGUGAGACACGCAAAGAUCCCAAACCUAAUCCGAAAAUUUCAAAAGCAUUGGGUACAUCGGCCAAGCGUAUACAAAAAGAACUUGCCGAAAUUACACUGGAUCCACCUCCAAAUUGUAGUGCCGGCCCGAAGGGUGAUAAUCUAUACGAAUGGGUAUCGACAAUUUUGGGUCCACCCGGUUCCGUUUACGAAGGUGGUGUAUUCUUUUUGGAUAUACACUUUUCGCCCGAAUAUCCCUUCAAACCGCCUAAAGUUACGUUCCGUACACGUAUCUAUCACUGUAACAUCAAUAGUCAGGGUGUUAUAUGUUUAGAUAUAUUAAAGGAUAAUUGGUCACCAGCAUUGACCAUAUCGAAGGUAUUGCUGUCAAUUUGUUCCCUGCUGACUGAUUGUAAUCCUGCCGAUCCACUGGUUGGCAGUAUCGCCACUCAAUAUUUACAAAAUCGAGAGGAGCAUGAUAGAAUCGCUAGACUGUGGACAAAGAGAUAUGCAACAUGAUUUCCUCAAUCAUCAUUCAAUAAAUCAACCAACGUAUGUUGUAGUCGUAAGGAGAACCUCAAAUAUUAUAACAAACAUAAAUUUAUUAAACUUUAUAAAUAUGCAUAAAUCAUAAAAAA